AUGUGGGAAGGAUGCAAUUUGCCAAACCGUAGUCGGCCAACCAAUACGUCGAUGAAUUUAAAUCCGGAAGCUGUGAUACAAACUGUGAGCUCCCACCUCGAUCGUCGUGAGUGGCGAGAAAUACAGCCGAAACUUCGAAUGACUACUACGGUUCUUGACAGAGAGAACAGACUGUCCACUGUUGCAGCUGAAGGCGGCGCACAUCAGAGCUACCAUCACACCCACUACUACAAACUGACACAGAGACAACCGAUCCGGCCAAGCCCAGCACUGCUACGGUGA